UCCCCAGAAUCCUCUUCGUAUGCUAGACACACACUGUGGGGCAGGGCCCUUCAGACUGAUGGCUAAAAGCUGGGUUUUGAAGCGAAACUGGAGCUAUUGGAAUUGUGUGAUGUGCUGUCCUUGAGCGCAAGCUGGAAAACCACAACCAGGUUUAUUGUUGUUGUUAAUCUGUGAAAGAGGUUUGGAUCAUCAGAUAAAACAUAUUGUGGAUCGUGGCAUGUGUCUCAGCACAUCUUCUUUUUGAUGAUGACCAGAGUUCAGACACCAACACUCAAGUGGCUCAUACUUUUCUGCAUUCAAUAUCCAGUAUACAAGGAGAAAACAUGCUCUCUCAUGCACAAACAUAUGCAAAAUGUAACAAUAAACUUCAUAAACUGGCUACAUGCUGUUUAAACAGCCCAGAAAUGGUGCUUGUGAAUCUCCUAGUCAUUUCCUACUUAAGUGACGGUCAAGAUAAAAGUGUGGGAAGUACCAGAAUUGUCUGACUACCUUGUGAAAGAAGCAUACUUUUACAGUAGUCCUCCUGGACUCCUAGUCCCACCUAUCUUGAUUCCCUAUUGGCCAGACAGUGCUUUAUUGACAAAUGCACAGGACUUCCCCCAACAGAUGUGCACAUCGACUUCAGUCAGGAAGAGUGGGCUUCACUGAAUCCUUCUCAGAAAAGUGUCUACAAAGAUGUGAUGCUAAACACCUACAUAAACCUCAAUGCUGUAGGCUACAGUUGGGAUGACCAUAAUUUUGAAGAACUUUGUCAAAAUUCUAGAAGAAAUAGAAGGUAAUUUUCAUGGGCAAGUUUAUACAAAUUUGCCUCUUAAGAAAUUUUAAUGUUUCCUGGAUUGUUUAAAGAAAAGAAACAGUGUAAAUCAGCACAGCUUGAAGGAUAUUAAUGAUUCUUAAUUUCCCACAAAAUCAUAUACCUCAAUGUCAGGUAGCUAUUCUGUGUUUGCAAGGCCUUCCAGUGGGAAAAACAAAACAAAAAGGAGACAGUGCCUUAACAGAUACCAACACUUGCCAUAGAGAUCUGUGCCAUAGAAAUAACAAUCUGUUUAGUUUAAUAUCACUAAGGUAUUUUAAAUGGUAUACACAUUGAUAAGAUGAUACAUAUAUGUACAUGACCUUCAAAGAAAAAUAGUCUGUCUUAAAGCUGCCCUUAAUCAUAUAUUCAUGACUUUGCUAUGUAUAUUUGAAGGGUCAGUUUAAGAGAGUCAAGAAGAUUGUUGCAGAGAAGCAUUAAUUCCUAUAUCACAUAUCUGUGAGGAAAAGAAAGUCAAACUGCAUGAAUUAAAUGUGGAAACCUUUUAUUUAUUACUCUGCCUUUAAGAAGAAUAUCAUUUCCAGCAGGGAAGGGGUAGUCCAUAUCAUUUAUCCCAGUGCUCAGAAGGCAGAGGCAGGUGGAUUUGUAUGACUUGGAGGGACAGCCUUGUGUACAGAGGAAGUUCCAGGACCAGAUCCAUAGCUACACAGAGAAAUCUAUGUCAAAAACAAAAACAAAAAUGAAAAGACCAUUGUAGUACAUUGACCUCCAUAGAGACAGCAAUGGGGCAAGUACAAGUCAGAUGGGCAUGGGGUGACUUGUGCCUUGUGGAAAAAAAUCAUCUAAACAUGGGCAAAGGAGAUCCUAAGAAGCCAAUAGGCAAAAUGGCCUCAUGUGAAUUCUUUGCGCAAUCAUGCUGUGAAGAAUGCAAGAAGAAGCACCUGGAUGCUUCUGUCAACUUCUCAGAGUUCUUUAAGAAGUGCUCAGAAAGGGGGAAGAGCAUGUCUUCUAAAGACAAGGUGAAAUUUGAAGAUAUGGCAAAGGCCAACAAGGCUCAUUAUAAAAGAGAAAUGAAAACUUACAUCCCCCCCCCAAGGAGACACCAAAAAGAAGUUCAAGUACCCCAUGCACUCAAGAGGCCUCCCUCAGCUUUCUUCUUGUUCUGUUCUGAGUAUUGCUUGUCCGUUGGUGAUGUUGCAAAGAAACUGGAACAACAUUCCUGCAGAUGAUAAGCAGCCCCAUGGAAAGGAGGCUGCCAAGCUGAAGGAGAAGUAUGAGAAGGAUAUUGCUGCUUACAGAGCUCAGGAAAACCUGAUGUCAUGAAAAGGGGGUUGUCAAGGCAGAAAAGAGCAAGAAAAAGAAGGAAGAGGAAGAUGAAGAGGAUGAUGAUGAUGAAUAAGUUUGUUCUAGCAUGGUUUUUUGAAGCAUUUAAACACCCCACUUUGAGAAGAGAUGUUGAAUGUGAUGAAGGUUUACAAGUAUUUGGUGUUCCAAAUUCAUUAUAAAGAUAUCAACAAAUACAGAGUGCAGAAAACCACUAUGAGUAUUGUAUUGUAUGACUUGUUCCAUUUAUCCUACUACAAUAUGCCAAUAUAGUAUGACUCACACUAUAGGAAAACUUAUGAAAGCUCUAAGAAUGACAGGGCUCUGAGUUCCUCCAGUUCUUUUCAAAUAUAUGAAAAAUCUCAUAUAAAAAAUGCCACAAAUUUGGGCCAUGAAAUAAAGGCUCUGAAUAUCUAUCACAGGUGUCUUCAAAGCCACAAAAUACCCUCUCAUAAAGGGAAGUAUCAUGAAUGUAAAACAUAAGAUCUUAUUCCUCUUUACAAUUAAGCCAAAUUAUAAAAUUAAUUUAUAUAGAUACUACAUUUCAUCAGUAUAACACAUGUGGUAAUGCUUUUACAUGUGUCUGUUAUCAUUUCAGGAAUAAAACAAGCCAUACAGGAGAGAACCCCUGUGAAUACAUGAGAUUUUUCAUAUAUUAGCAUGUGGUAAAGCCUUUUCACAUCACUGUAACCACUUAAGUGAUAAAAGAACACAUACUUGAGAGAGACCCUGUGAGUAUGACUUGUGGGGUAAAAUAUUCAUAUGUAUCACCAGUCAUUAAAUCAUAAAACAUCAUACUACAUAAAAACCAUAUAAAUAUAAGCAGUGCGUAAAGUUGUGCACUUUGCAUAUCACAAUAGUAUUUGAGUACCUGAGAAAAUUCAUACUAAAUGGAAUCUUACUACAAAUUAUUUGGGAAAAUCUUCAACCAACACACAUUUGGUUACACAGGAUUCUUGAGAGAAAAAUACUUGAAAAAUGUCAAAAUUAUGUUCAAGAUUAUGGUGUCUCUCUUUUGUUUGAACCUGCAAACUCGUAUGGAAAAACUAUGAAUUCAUUGAUAAGAUAACCUUUUUUGAUUUCACGCUUUUCCUUAGUUACAUAAAAAACCUCAUUUGGAUCAGUCAAUUUCUCUAAAUUCAAUUUUAUGUGCUUGCUUUCUUUUCCAUGACCCAAUUCAUGAUGAGGGGAAACUGUUAAGACUUCAAAUGCCUUAAUACCUGGAUUACAGGAAUGGCUUCUUACAAGACAAAAUGUUCAUGUGUGAAAAUCUGUUUGGUUAGACACUUGGUUUAGUUUUAAUUAUGUGAUAUCAGUGUGUGGGUCUGUGAAUGUUCAUGCUUGUUCCCAAGAAGGUUAGACAGUUUAGUAUUCCUAUAGCAGGAACUACAGAAAGUUCUCAAAAAUCUGACCUAGGUCCUGCCAAUGAAUUUGUCACAAUUUUCCUCAUCUAUGUCUCUAGCCCUGUAUUUAUUUUAUAUUCAUUUGGUUGCAAUUUUGCUUGUCCCUAUCUCUUACCCUGUACAUAUUUUAAAUACUUUUUGUAUCAUCUUGAUGUCAGGUAAUGGGGAAUAACCCAGAAAAGAGAAAACCCUAUCCAUGGAAAUGAUUUUGUAAAGACUUCAUACUUGUCUUUAGUUUCAAUAAAAAACUGUUUUAUGUGA